AUGUCCGGCGCGAGAAAGAGUAACGCGGACAUUGAACCGUUCCCCCCAAUUGAGCAAGGCUCGCCGAUAGAACUUGCGCAAUCUUCAAGUGCCGACGGAUCUAAGAACGUAGGGAAAAAUCGUCCUGCUGCAUCAUCAUCUCUGAGUGGGCGCCUGCGACGCGUAUCCCAAAGCUUUGAGCAAUCUGAGCUGCCAGAAGGCUUCUUUGCAGCAACAGGUGGAAUAGCCUCGUCUAUCCUCUCACGUCAGGCUGGCCCUCGACCUGUUUCUAGUUCGAUUGGUUCGGCUAAGGCCCAGCCAGCUGUUCGCGGUGAAAAUGCCUUGCAACCCACCCCAGUUCAUCCCGUCUCCGAGGAAGGUCACGCGGAGAGCAAGAACGAUGGUAGCUCAGCUAUCCAGGCAGAAGCCAAAUGCAAGGGCGAGCCCCCUUCUGCAGCGCCGUUUCCAAACGGCUAUCAUUUCCCCCCGAAGCACUCGUUUGGCGAGUCGACAAGGCUCGGUCUCCUUGCGUUCUGGAACUAUUUUCUUACACCUGUAGGGUUUGCCGUGACUAUCUAUGGCUUGAAUGUGGUUGCAUGGGGCGGAAUGCUGUUCCUGCUCCUUUGUAAUGCCUCACCUGCCAUGUGCUACCCUUCUUGCAACGACAUCAAUUCACCACGGCGCAAGUGGAUCGAGGUCGACUCGCAGAUCCUCAACGCCCUAUUCUGUGUCACCGGAUUCGGACUUGCCCCCUGGCGGUUUAGAGAUCUAUACUUCCUGUUACAAUACCGACUAGCGAAAAAAACGGAGGCCCUUCGGCGAUUGGCUGGCAUUCACCGGGGGUGGUUUCGGUUGAGAGGUUCAAACGAAUUACCGCCAGCCGCUGGACCUGGAACUAUUAACAGAGAUGAGUUUCAGUCGGUCUCGCGCUCUGCAAUACCAUUCCCCGAAACAAAGAUUCCCGAGGCCCCUCUAACCGGAGUCCGAGCCCGGCCAACAUUAGUAUGGAAGUUAGAUUUGGUUAUCUGGCUUAUGGUAGCUAACACGUUUCUACAAUGCGUUCUCUCAGGGUUCAUGUGGGGUAUGAACCGGUAUAACCGCCCAAGCUGGGCUACCGGUUUAUUUGUUGCUCUUGGCUGCGGGGUUGCUGGUAUUGGAGGAUAUAUUAUGUUCCUAGAAGGGAAAACUGUUAAGAGUAUAGAAGGGGUGCCAGUUAGCCAGGCAGAUAUGGAACGCUUAGAGCGCGACAGAGAACAAGGUAUCUGGCACUUUAACAACAUUAAAGAUAAGAAUCUCGACUUCAGGAGGAAAGGCGGCAAAGAAUAA